CUGAUUUCAUUGUUUUCAAUUAGUUAUUUGGGGCUCUGUAAGAAAUGAGUUUUUUGUUGAAAGGUCGGCGGAUUUUAAUCGCUGGUAUCCUGCCAGUCCUUGAUGGCGGCGCAGACGACAUAGUGGAUAAAGAAAAUAAAACAUACAAGGCUUUCCUCGCCAGCAAACCUCCGGAGGAAACGGGUCUCGAGCGCCUCAAACAAAUGUUCUCCAUCGACGAGUUUGGUAGCAUAUCAUCCGAGCUGAACUCCAUUUACCAGGCCGGCUUCCUGGGCUUCCUUAUUGGAGCAAUUUACGGAGGAGUUACACAAUCGCGCGUGGGCUAUAUGAAUUUCAUGGAGAACAAUCAGGCCACAGCCUUUAAAUCCCACUUUGAUGCCAAGAAAAAGCUGCAAGACCAAUUUACGGUCAACUUUGCCAAAGGGGGCUUUAAAUGGGGAUGGCGAGUUGGACUCUUCACGACAUCCUACUUCGGAAUCAUCACCUGCAUGUCAGUAUACCGUGGAAAAUCCUCUAUUUACGAGUACUUGGCUGCUGGUUCCAUCACUGGGUCGCUUUACAAAGUAAAUCUGGGGUUACGAGGUAUGGCGGCAGGUGGAAUCAUUGGAGGCUUCUUAGGCGGAGUAGCUGGUGCGACAUCCCUGCUGCUGAUGAAGGCAUCCGGCACAUCGAUGGAGGAGGUUCGCUACUGGCAAUACAAAUGGAGACUCGAUCGUGACGAAAAUAUUCAGCUGGCGUUGAAAAAAAUGACAGAAGAAGAGGAACCAAAGCUAUUCAAGGCGCACGACGAAAAGGUAUCCGAACAGGUGACCCUCGAUUCGAUAAAAUAGACGCCAGUGUAGACUUAGUUGAGUUUUUUUUAAUUUAAAUAAAUUGCAAAUAUGUCCAUCU